AUGACUGACCAAGAAAAGAGCAGUGAUGUUAGACUGGUUUAGGAUGGUUAAAAAAAUGUCUAAAAACAGAAGACUGGAUUAAAAUAGAUCAAUCUUGAUAAUCUUGUGUAUAACAAGCGAGAACGAAAGCAAACUGGCGGUCCAGCACUUUUAGCUAUCCCUUAAAUUUAAUAGAAAAAAAUCGUUUAGAAUAAGUAAAGUUAUAAAAAGAAGAAUGCUGAACUGCAAACUCCUCCUCGUGAAGAAGUUCAGCAAGUUCAAGAACCAACAUUGAUCAAAUAAUAACCAAUAUCCUGCCAAUAAUUAGUCUUUGAAUCUGAUAACUCGUCAGAUUUUGAUCCAAAAAUAAAAGCCAAGAAGUCCAAAAAGUUUAGAAGAACGCAUAAACGUUUAGAUAUUGAAGAUUCAUCAGAUGAGGAGCAGUAUAAACGAAGACUCAUCUUGAAAAGAGUUAAUAAAAUAUUCAAGAAAUCUUAUGAGUAAAAACAAAUCUUAGCUUCAGGAAGUGAAUAAGAAAAUCUUGUAAAAGAAUUAUUCAAAAAUAUUUAUGUAAAAAUUUUUAAAGGUAUAAAAUGUCCAUAUCUUAUAGACAUUCAAAUAUCUCCUGCUGAACUCAAGUAGUUAUCAAAUCCAGAAUAUUCAACUAGUUAAAUAAGUGAUUGCAAAUAAUAAGAUGAAGAAAUUAAACCAGAAGAAUAAAUUCGUAUUUUAACUGAAGAUGGAACAGAUUUUGAAACCAAACGAAACUUGAAAUUGUUGGGAAUUGAAAAUUCAGAAAUUCUAUCCAAAUUGGGUGAAGUUAAGUCUUAUAUUAAUUGUGAUAUACGAUAUUUUAAUUUAGACUUUUUGGUAGAAAAAGUGGGUGGUUUUGAUGUUGUUUUGAUGGAUCCACCUUGGAGAAUUAAAGGAGGACAAUAAAAUGAUUCGUCCUUUAUGUUUACUAAUAGCAAAUUCUCACUUGAUUACAACACUAUGAGCAAUUAAGAGAUUAUGGAUAUCAAAAUUGAAAAAUUGAGUAAGAAAGGAUUUUUGUUUCUUUGGAUUCUCAAUACAUAACUAAACAUAGCAUAUGAAAUGGCUAGCAAAUGGGGAUAUGAGAUUGUUGAUCAAAUUAUUUGGGUUAAACUAAAUCCUUAAGGAAAUAAUGUGUAUCUUUCUACAGGAUAUUAUUUUAUGCACUCUUUCGAAAUAUGUUUAGUUGGAUAUAAAUGUCCUCCAGGGGAACAUGUAGAGUAUCAUUCUAAAAUAUCUAACAAUAUAAUCUUCAGUCCAGUAAGGAACAAAUCACAGAAACCUAUAGAAAUGUAUGAAAUCAUUGAAUUAAUGAUGCCUGGAGCUAAAAAGGUAGAAAUCUUUGCUAGG